CGAGGACUCACCGGAAGCCAGGAAGAGGGCUACGUUGGCGAUCUAGGGCGAAAUCCAAUCAGGCGGCACGCAACGCCAUUGGUCCCGUCAGCCGGAAAAAUCGUGAGGUACUUGGUGGGGUCGCCUGGUCCAGAAGUUCCUCUGAGCAAAGUGACCCGGGGACUUCGUCGCGAAACUCAGUCUCCUUUUUGGUUUCCCAUGUCAUCCCCAACGUCUUCAGGCGAAUAUCCACCAUCGAAAAGGAGAAGAAUGUCUACUAAUUCCUAUCCAACUGGCACCUCAAAUCAACAAAUUAUAGCGUCCAACAUGAACCCAAACAACUCUCUCGUACCCGGAAACGGUCAGCUGAUGAGCAACCAAGCCAACUCGGUCAUUAUCCAGCAAGCUAGCAUCCCAAAAAGAGGUGCACGAGCUUGUACAGCGUGCAGGAAAGGCAAAAAUAGAUGCGAAGGAGAGGUUCGUCGCGCGAAUUCGUCGUCUACUCCAGCCUCCACUGUGAACCCCCUCCCUUCACCCCCGCACACAGUCCUCGCGGGCCGUUCGCCAUCGAGCGGCCCGUUCUCAACCCUGCCUGGCUCUUGA